AUGUCAGCGGAGCAAUCCAAAGCUUUCGAGUCCAGCCCGUUCAUGGUGAAGGCUCGCCAACAGGAGCAAUAUGUGUCGCAGCUGACCGGCGAGCGCGACAAGAUGCGGAAGCAGACUGACAAGGACUUCAAUCCUUGCGAUGAGGACUUCACCGCCCCCAAGGCUUAUGACUACGACAAGGGCGUCAACUAUUACACGGUCCUUGGCGUUGAUGAAUAUGCACCCCUGGAAGAGAUCAAGAAGGCCUACAAGAAAUUGUCCUUGAUCUACCAUCCGGACAAGAUGGCCAGCCUCUCCAAAGAGGAGCAGCGGAUUUGCUGA